CAAUGUUACAUCUCUUCUUAUCUUCUACCGCUAUUUUCAUGCCAACUGCUCUUCUGAUCUUUCUGACUACAUGCCUCGCGUCCUCUCGAGGCCUCACUACACAAGACUUUCUUCAUUCCUUCAUCCCUAUUCUGCCCAUCUCUCUAAUGCAAGAGUUAAGCAGUUUCCGCAAUCAUUCAUCUUUUACUCUGGUUAACCCUGGAACUCUGCCUGUUUCUGUAUUUCCACCUUUCUAUGACUUGAAUUCUUUCAAGAGCGAAGUUUCAAGACACUUAUCUUAUGGCUUUGGGUGAUGUUUUUGCCUUUGUAUGACUUAACAGCUUGGUGAGCCUAUUUUUUCUUGUAAUUGUUUGUUGGCCUUGCCGGCACCGUUCAAACAUGAAAAAAGGGACAAGAUAUAGGGAAAGUAAACACUAUUCUUUUUCUAGGGUGUAACAAGGACUUCUCAUUAGAGUCAAGAUGUUCAGGGUGACAGUGGAGCCGGCAGUGCUUCUCUACUGUGUCUCCCAAGUGGUGCAUCACAGCCUGCUUCAAGAUUUUAUUUUCACCAAGUUGUGCUACGAACAGUAUUCGCAAGAGGUGUGUGUUGCGAGGUGGAAGGAAGAUACAGUGACAGAUGUUGAAUGCGUGGAGUACCAGGCGGUGAACUACGUGAUGUGGCUGAGUGUAAUCACAAGCAUCCUGUCCGUCAUCAUGGCCCAGUUCUUCGGUGUGGCACUUGACAGGUAUUCACCCAAGGCGGUGAUGACGGCCCCCUUCAUGGGUUUCCUUGCGCAGCACCUGGUGUGCGUGGUGGUGGCGGCCAUGCCAACCGUGCCGCUGGCAGUGAUGUAUGUCGGUGCCACGCUGAACGGCCUAUCAGGAGGUUAUCCAUUAUUUAAGUCUGCUGUGAGCAGCUACGUGGUGAGGACAGCAUCGCCGAAGGAGCGGACCUUCCUGCUCUCGGUGGUGGAAGGGAUGGUGUUCCUGGGCGGCGCACUGGGGCCUUUCACCCUUAAGCAAAUAAUAGCCUCCACCACCAUUGGACAUGACUACUUGUUUGUUGGCAGUGAGAUGUCGUUGGUGGUGGCCUUGCUCUACAUUGUUUUCAUCCUGCCGGACUCCCAAUCGACAUCUCAGGAGAAUGCUGAGCUUCCUCAAGAACACAGCGGAACAACACUCUUUACUCCGGUCAAAAGCGUACUGAAAAACUUCACCGGCUCUGUUUCCACGGUCCUACGCCACAGACCAGCUGGGAAACGCACUUCAAUUCUCCUUCUGAUAUUAGCAGACUUUUUCAUAGCUAUUUCCUAUUCUGCUGAGUCUGACUUACGGUAUAUGUACAUGCACAACUAUCUUGGGUUUAACUUGGAUCAGUACUCCCUGUACCUGGUCAUCAAGAACUUGGUGAAUGGCAUAUCGCUGCUGGGAGUGUUACCAUUGCUACGCCUUGUAUUUGAUAUCAGCGAUGCUUCACUUGGCAUACUGGGAGGGGCUUCGAGGAUGGUGGCCUUCACGAUGUUGGCACUCAAUUCUUCCCACACUCUCACUUACAUAGUGCCAUUCUUGGACGUGUUCGGGCAGUACUUGUUUGUUGUGCUGAGGUCAUCCUUGUGUGGCCUUGUAAAUAAGGAAGAGCAAGGACGUGUGUUGACCGUACUGUCGUCGCUGGCACAGAUGUCUAUGUUAGUCGGAUCGCUUUUAUUUGAUAAUGUGUAUCCUGCCUUAGUGUUGCUGGCACAUCCUGGGUACACUUUCCUUGUGGCCGCCACCUCUAUGGCCACUGCCACUACGAUAUUCAUAUGCAUCCGUUGUUGUCGGGCAAAUGAAGGCACAAGUGAAGAGACGCAACCGAUUCUACGGUGAAAAAAUAUGUAUAGAUGCAUAGAUGUAUUAAUAGGCAAUUAUCUACGUAUCAUGAUUGAGAAGAGGAAAGAAUAAUCAUAAUGGUGAUCACUCUGACUUACAGGGGCAGCAAUAGCUCCUGUACAAUUCCUCUGGAAGAGUUCCAAAGAGUUAUGUACUGAACAAUUAUAUAUGAUUAAAAACACUUUACAUAUGUGAUAUAGAAGUAAAGAUUCAUCGUGAAAAAAUGUAGAGUGUUAUUUUAAUAGAUAAAUAUAAAAUCAUGUCAAUUUAUUUUAUUUUAAGGAAAAUUCCCAUAUGAUGGGAGAGUAUGUUUUCACAAGAUAGUGUUGUUACAUUACACAAAACCUUGACACCACCAAGAAAAAUAAGUAAGUGCUAUAUAGACGCCACGUUGGCAAAGAUUUUUUUCUUUUUUUUUUAUGAAAGAGGGAGAACUACCAAGGGCAAAAAACUGAAUAUUAGAAUAAAAGGUUCACU